GCUAUCUCAGCCUCUUAAAAAGAAUCAAAAACUAUUCUAUAAAAACCAAACCCCCAUUCUCACUUCUCACUGCUUAGCCUAAAAUCCUUCACUCUACUCUCUGUUUGUGUGUGAGGAAAAAAAAAAUGUCUUUGGAGAUUCAGAAAGCUCUGCUCUUUGGCUUCAUUCAGAACAUGUAUGACGAGGGAUAUGUGAAUGACCAAUUCUGGCAAAUACAACAAAUGAAGAAAACUACUCAACCAGAUUAUGCUGUGAGAGCAGUCACCUGCUACUGCAUGUCUGCACAAAAUUUGUUCACUCAGAUGACCGAUCACAUCAACCAAGAGAAUGUUGAUUUUCAUCAGGUUAAUGUUUCCGCUCAUGAAUUAUUUGAGCAAUCAAACAGUGUUGGUGCAGCGCAUGUCAAGCAUGCAUGUGUUGAACUCCUUCAUGCUUGUGAGGAGAAUGACAAGGAUUAUUGCUCCAAGACUCUGUAUUGGACUAAGAAUGAAUUCUCCCAACUGAAAAGAAAAUUUGAGACUGUUGUUCAGGUUACCAAAGAAUCUUAG